CUAUCUCUCACCAACAUUUUCAUUCUUUAAAAUUGCAACUCCACAUCAUUCAAUUAAUAUUGUGUUUCGCAGCAAUAAGGUUGUAUCUGAAUUCUUGACCUUCUUGACAUCAUAUAUGCACAUAUCUUGAGUUCGAGAAAGGUAUCCAAUCUGCAACAUCAACUACUUUCACUUCCGUUCUUAAAUACAACAACGUCAACAUCCAUCAGAGGACUGUGCAAUUACAAAUGGGGGAUAUCGUUGUUUCCAUCGUAGCAAAGUUAGCAGAAUAUACAGUGGGCCCAAUUUUACACCAUGCUCGAUACUUGUGCUGUUUCAACAACAUUGCUGGGAAUCUUCUAAUUGCCAAGGAAGAAUUGGAAUUAACCCGAAACAGUGUGAAUGAACGAGUUGAAGAAGCUAUUAAGAGGACUGAAAAAAUUGAACCAGCAGUUGAGAAGUGGCUGAAAGAUGUUGAGAAAGUUUUAGAAGAAGUGCAUAUGCUCCAAGGAAGAAUUUCAGAAGUAAACAAGAGUUAUUUCAGAAGGCAAUGCCAAUAUUUUCUUACAAAAAAAAUAGCAAGAAAAAUUGAGAAAAUGGCUCAACUCAACCACAACAGCAAGUUUGAGCCAUUUUCUAAGAUUGGCCAACUUCCAGGAAUGAAGUACUAUUCAUCCAAAGAUUUUGUUCUUUUCAAAUCAACAGAAUCAACUUAUAAGAACCUUUUGGAUGCUUUAAAGGAUAAAAGUGUUUCCAUGAUUGGACUAGUUGGACUAGGAGGCUCAGGAAAAACUACUUUGGCGAAAGAGGUUGGUAAGAAAGCUGAGGAGUUAAAACUUUUUGAGAAGGUUGUCAUGGCAACAGUCUCUCAAACUCCAAAUAUUAGAAGCAUCCAAGUGCAAAUUGCUGAUAAGUUGGGUUUGAAAUUUGAGGAAGAAUCAGAGGAAGUUAGAGCACAAAGACUAUCAGAGAGAUUAAGGAAAGACACAACUCUUCUAAUCUUGGAUGAUAUAUGGGAAAACCUAGACUUUGAAGCUAUAGGUAUUCCAUACAAUGAAAAUAAUAAGGGGUGUGGAGUACUCUUAACCACUCGGAGUAGAGAAGUAUGCAUUUCCAUGAAAUGUCAAACAAUAAUUGAGCUCAAUCUCUUAACUGGCGAGGAAGCUUGGGAUUUGUUCAAAUUGAAUGCAAACAUAACUGAUGAGUCCCCAUAUGCAUUGAAAGGCGUUGCAACAAAAAUUGUAGAUGAAUGCAAAGGAUUGCCUAUUGCAAUUGUGACGGUGGGAAGCACACUGAAGGGCAAAACUGUUGAAGAGUGGGAAUUAGCAUUGUCAAGACUAAAAGAUUCUGAACCACUAGAUAUUCCAAAAGGCUUAAGAAGUCCUUAUGCCUGUCUUGGAUUGAGUUAUGAUAAUUUGACCAAUGAAUUAGCCAAGUCCUUGUUCUUGUUGUGUUCUAUAUUUCCAGAGGAUCAUGAAAUUGAUUUGGAAGAUUUAUUUCGAUUUGGAAAGGGAAUGGGCCUACCUGGGACUUUUGGAACAAUGGAGAAAGCAAGGAGGGAGAUGCAGAUAGCUGUUAGCAUCCUCAUUGAUUCUUAUUUGUUGUUGCAGGCCAGUAAAAAAGAAAGGGUGAAAAUGCAUGACAUGGUUCGUGAUGUAGCCUUCUGGAUAGCAUCUAAAACUGGUCAAGCAAUUUUGGCAAGUACUGGAAUGGAUCCAAGAAUGUUGAUAGAGGAUGAAACCAUAAAAGAUAAGAGGGUAAUAUCCUUAUGGGAUUUGAAAAAUGGCCAGCUUCUUGAUUAUGAUCAAUUGAAUUGUCCAUCACUAGAAAUUCUCUUGUUUCAUUCUCCCAAGGUUGCCUUUAAAGUAUCAAAUGCUUGUUUUGAAAGGCUAAAAAUGAUUAAAAUCCUGGCAUUCUUAAGAUCUGGCUAUAAUUGGAGUUCGUGGGAGAUACCACUUACAUCAUAUCUCACCUUGUCACUGCCACAAUCAAUGGAGUCAUUACAAAAUCUUCAUACUCUGUGCUUGAGAGGUUAUAACUUAGGUGACAUCUCCAUUUUGGAAAGCCUACAAGCACUUGAGGUUCUUGACUUGCGGGGUUCUUCUUUUAUAGAAUUGCCUAAUGGAAUCGCGUCAUUAAAGAAAUUGAGGCUUCUGGAUUUGUUCUAUUGCACAAUUCGGAAUUUGUGGCCAAAUGCUUACGAGGUUAUAGGAAGAUGUUUGCAGCUGAAUGAAUUGUAUUUGUGUAUACAUUCACUUGUAUGUCGGCAAUUUCCGCAUAAUGUCUCUUUCUCAAGAUUAGAGAGGUAUGUUUUAUUUAAUAAAAUGAACCCCUGGAGCCGGGGGAUUUACCGAGGGAUUGACAUAUUGGAGGAACAUAGACCAUGUAGAGCUUUAUGCAUAGAAGGUUUUAAUGCCUCAGUUCAAAGUUUUAUAUCAUUACCAAUCAAGGAUUUCUUUCAAAAAGCAGAGUACCUUCAUUUGAUGCACCUUGAGGGAGGUUACGAAAAUGUAAUCCCAUCCAUGGAUCCACAAGGCAUGAAUCACUUGAUUUUCCUAAUCCUCGAAUAUUGUCCAGAGAUAAAAUGCGUCUUUGAUAGUACCAAUGCUGAUCUGCUGCAAACUGAAGAUGCGUUCUCCAGCCUAGUCAUUUUAAGCUUGUUAGGAUUGGAUAACCUUGAAGAAGUGUUUCAUGACCCCUCUUCCAGAUGUUCUCUCAAAAGUUUAGAAAAGCUAACCAUAGAGAGUUGUAGACAAUUGUACAAUAUUUCCUUUCCCAAGAACUCAAAGCUAUGCCAUCUCAAGUUAUUGACAAUAUAUAAAUGCCCGAUGCUAACUUGUAUCUUCAAGCCAUCCAUUUUCCAAACUCUAGAGCUGCUAGAACAUGUGGUCAUAUCUGAAUGCUAUGAAUUGAAGCACAUAAUAGAAGAAGUGGAAGAAGGGAGUGUUGAUUAUGUUAGCAGUCAAAGUCGUACCUCUUUGAUGCUCCCAAAAUUAAGGGAACUUACUAUUUAUGGAUGUCAGGGGUUGGAAUAUAUAUUCCCUAUGUGUUAUGCUCAUGGGCUAGCAAGUUUGGAAAAGCUGAGCAUUAAAGUUUGUGGUAAGUUGAAGUAUGUAUUUGGCAGUGAAAAGGAAUAUGAUCUUACCGUGUACCAGCACCAGAGUAAUUGUCAGACUAUUCACAUCAAUUUCCUUAAUUUGGAAACCCUACACUUGAUUGGGUUGCCGAAUUUGGUUGAGAUUUGGCCUAAAUAUUUUCAUCUACAUUUUCCAAAUUUGAAAAGGUUUCAACGCACUUAUUGUCCAAGACUGCCUGACUCUUGUGUGCGUAGGGUGAUGAUUAUUGAUUCAGAUCUGCAACAAGACUCAACUGCAACGGAGAAUGAAUUACUAUGCUUGGUUACCACCACAUGCAACCAAUUAUCCGAUCAAGUGCUUUCCUCUAAACUUAGACAUGUACUCAAAUUUAGAUACCUUGGUUUGUUUGGUCUUGGAGUAAAAGGUCUUUUCCAAUUCCAAAUCAGAGAACAUGAGAGCAACAGAGAACUUGCUCCUUUAAAAUUGGAUCUAACUCAUGCUUACUUGGGGAAUCUACCUGAGCUCGAGUUCAUAUGGAAGGGCCCCACAAAUUUUCUAAGCCUUCGGAUGCUUGACAUGAUUGAUGUGAAUGGAUGUCCAAAAUUGAAAGCCAUCUUCUCUCCUACCAUUCUUAGAAGCUUACCAAUGCUGACAAGACUGGAAAUAAUUGAUUGUGAGGAAUUGGAGCAAAUAUUUGACUUAGGUGAUGCACAAAGCCUAUAUACUUGUUCACAAGAAGUGUGCUUCCCAAAUCUCAGGACUAUUCGUGUCCGAAAGUGCAACAAGUUGAAAUACCUUUUUCAUAAUUUUGUAUUUGGGAGUGAAAAGGAACAUGAUCUUACAGGGCUAGCAAGUGUGGAAGAACUGGACAUUGAAGAAUGUAAUGAGUUGAAGUAUGUAUUUGGCAGUGAAAAGGAACAUGAUCUUAGAGGGUACCAGCACCAGAGUCGUCGUCAGACUAAUAUUCACAUUUACCAAAUUCUACGGUUGGGAACUCUACGGUUGAUUCGGUUACCAAAUUUGGUCGACAUUUGGCCUAAAUAUUUUCAUCCACAUUUACCAAAUUUGAAAGUGCUAUGCAUUGAUUGUCCAAGACUGCCUGACUCUUGUGUGCGUAGGAUGAUGAUUAUUGAUUCAGAUCUGCAACAAGACUCGACUGCAACGGAGAAGGAAUUACUAUGCUUGGUUGCCACCACAUUCAACCAAUUAUCCGAUCAAGAGCUUUCCUCUAAACUUAGACAUGUACUCAAAUUUAGAUACCUUGGUUUGUUUGGUCUUGGAGUAAAAGGUCUUUUCCAAUUCCAAAUCAGAGAACAUGAGAGCAACAGAGAACUUGCUCCUUUAAAAUUGGAUCUAACUCUUGCUUACUUGGGGAAUCUACCUGAGCUCGAGUUCAUAUGGAAGGGCCCCACAAAUUUUCUAAGCCUUCGGAUGCUUGACAUGAUUCAUGUGAAUGGAUGUCCAAAAUUGAAAGCCAUCUUCUCCCCUACCAUUCUUAGAAAAUUACCAAUGCUGACAAGACUGGAAAUAAUUGAUUGUGAGGAAUUGGAGCAAAUAUUUGACUCAGGUGAUGCACAAAGCCUAUAUACUUGUUCACAAUUUGUGUGCUUCAUAAAUCUCAGCACUAUUUAUGUCCGGAAGUGCAACAAGUUGAAAUACCUUUUUCAUAAUUUUGUGGCUGGUCACUUUUGCGAUCUGAACUACUUGAAAAUAGAAGACUGCUCUCAGUUACAGAAGGUUUUUGCUUUUGAAUGUGAAACUGAUGACGAUGGUCAAGAAGGGAUUGUUAAGGAUGGAGAAAAAGUACUACUUAAACUGCGACGUAUAACACUCAGCAGGUUGCCAAACUUCAAAGAGAUUCACCAUGGAUUCAAGUUAACAGCUUAUGUUAGAGAACAUGACAUAAAUGAUUGUCCUAAAUAUUCUCCAAGUUUAUAUCUUCACACAGAAGAGGAAAGAUGAGCAUCGAGCAAAGCGUACGAGUGUAUGAGUCUGCGGAAGAGAAAGAUGAAGACUAAAGACUUGAUUCUGCUGCCUUACUGACUUUGUGUUCUUUACUCCAUUGUGAUGAGUUAAUUUGUACUUUUUAAAUUAAUUUCAUUGGAGGAUUAAUUCCUUGCUUGCUUUUUAUUCUUUAUUUUAUUAUUUGGUCAGCUUC